UGUACCGCUCGGGACCACGACGAAACCCGUCGGGUUUGUUGCAACAGCCGUCGUUAUCGUCGUUUCGGUAUCACCGCGGUACGUGCGUUAUCGUCGCGGGUGAACACUUCGAACGGUCGCUGUCGUUCGAACGUUGCUAUCCGCGGUCCACUCGUCCGUCGCGCACGUUCCCGGUGCCACGUGUCCAACAGCGGUGAAACGACGCAAGGCACUCGACCCCCUCGGUUUUCAAUACGAACGCGGUUCCGUUCCGUUUCCACCGACUUCGAUCGUCGCGUUCGGCAGCGGUCCGUGGCAGUACGUGCGAGACGGUACGAUAUCCGUCCGGCGGCCGAUGACAGCGAACGCGGUGGGUACCGACAUCAUCUGGACCAGAACAAAAACAUAUCCAGGUUAACAUGGAUCCGACAAUAUUAAAUGAAAAAAUGUAUCUAUUAGAUGGAAGUUUUAUUAGUGGCGUCACACCUUAUAUAGACAUUGACAGCGUCAAGAAGCAUCCACUUUGGGGAUCAAAUUUACUAUUCAAUGACGAACAAGCUGUAAUCAAUAGCCAUAAAGACUAUAUCAGAGCUGGAGCUGAAUUUCUAACAACUAAUACGUACCAAGCAAGUAUUGGAGGUUUUAUGAAAUAUUUAAAUUUAGACUACGAACAAAGUUACGAGUUAAUUAAAAAAUCUGUUACAAUUUGUAAACAAGCGAUAGCGGAAGAAAAUUCUGAGCGAAAUAUCCGAAUAAUGGGAUCUGUUGGUCCAUACGGUGCUUGGUUAUGUGAUGGUUCAGAAUAUCAUGGAAAUUAUAUAGUUAAUUUACCUUACAAAGAACUAUACGACUGGCACAAACCUCGAAUUCAAGCGUUGAUAGAGGCUGGAAUUGAUGUCGUACUUUUCGAAACCAUUCCUUCGGUUGACGAAGCAAUUAUUUUAUUGGACAUACUAACCGAGUUUCCAUUUCAAAAAGCAUGUUUAUCGUUCUCGUGUAAAGACGGUAAUCACCUGAGUCAUGGAGAAACGUUUGCAAGUGCCGUUGAAAAAUUAUGGACAAAUGAUUCCCGAAAACAGCUAAUCGCUAUCGGUAUGAAUUGCAUGAAUCCCAAGCUUAUAACGCCACUUUUGAUGUCCGUAAAUACUGAAAAUGUUAAUUUUAUUUGUUACCCAAAUAGAGGUGGAGUAUGGAACGCCUCAUUGAAACGUUGGGACGAUUCCCAAAAGUAUACAAUUUCCACCGACGAUAUAAAUUUAUGGAGAAAAAAAGGAUUGAGAAUAUUUGGUGGUUGUUGUAAUACUGAUGCUGCUGAAAUCUCAUAUUUUAGAAAAUUGAUUGACGCAUUACCUAUCUUUUUAGAGCAAUAAAAUACAUUGUAAAUUUCUGGA